AUGGACAUGAGCAAUGAAAUCCCUCUUGCUGCAUCCUUUCCUUUGCCCUUCCGCGUCCUUUUCCUGGCUGGAAUGGGUAUACUUGGCUGGGCCACAAACCUCCAUGGUCUCCACUUGUUGGGUAUAGACGCACCCGCCGUGCUAGAAUUGCAAGAGCCCCAGGAUCACAUACCUCUCAGACUACCUUCUUCUCGCCUCUCUGGCUUUCGACGGAUUCUAGAUGCUGCUUUAACCUAUACCCCCGUAUACCGCGUUUUUACGGCGUAUUCCCUAUGGUGCUUCGUAGCCUGGUUGUACUUUCGAUACUCGUCACAGUCCGACCCAGCGUUGGUGGACCUGUUUAAAUACAUACCAGCGGUUUGUGCAUUGGGAGCUCUUACGCUCUUACUCUGUCCAUACGAUGUUUUUCAAAAGCAUGAGCGGGAUGCAUUCAUCUUUUCUAUCCGGAGAUGUAUAUCUCCCCCAAGUGGUCAUCCAAUCUAUUUUUCUGACGUGGUAUUCGCCGAUGUUUUUACCUCCUUCGCCAAAGUACUGGGAGAUGUCUGGCUUUCAGUAUUAAUGCUUCUCCCUGGGGGUAGUCUCCUAUCUCUUCCUUCCCAAGACGGCUGGUCGCGUUGGAUACUCCCUGUGCUGAUGAGUUUGCCCUAUCUAGCCCGCUUCCGUCAAUGUCUAGUGGAACAUGCGUCUUCUACGAAUGAUAGUAGGAGACCGUUAUAUAAUGCAAUCAAAUAUGCAUCUUCUUUCCCGGUCAUCUUCCUUUCUGCGGCGCAAAGAAUAGUCAUCUCUGACCUCGUGGAAGAGAAAGGGGAGGGGGUCACGCGCGAAGCAUGGCACGGAGAACAUCAACUCUUUCGGUUAUGGCUUUUGGCUGCCGCUGUGAACUCGGUAUAUUCGUUCUGGUGGGAUGUAACCAAUGAUUGGGGUUUGGAUCUGUUAAAGCCGCGACCUGCUGAAUCACGAGGGAGACCCCCACGAGCGCUAGUGCUGCCCUCCCUUCAUUCAAAAUCCACGAGUAUGACAGGAUCUCCUGUUCAUUCGCCGUCUUCUUCUGCAGACCUCAGUUCCCAAUCACGCUCUGGUAUUUACACCCCCAUUCCCCCACAACAAAGCUCUUACCCAUUCGGGCUCCGUCCUGUCCUCCUCUACCCUCUUCCUGUCUAUCCGUUGAUUAUCUUCCUCAACCUUGUGCUUCGCCUGACGUGGUCGAUCAAGUUGUCGAGUCAUCUGCACUCUGAAACCGAAGGCAGUGCGCUCAUCUUCUGGCUUGAAAUGGCGGAGCUGGUGCGUAGGUGGAUGUGGGUUUUCGUCCGUGUGGAGUGGGAGGCCGUGAAGAAGUCGAGAGAGGGACGCAGGAGCGGCAUCAAAAUAGCCGCGUAUUUCAUGCAGGUUCCCGACGAAGUGUGAAUAAUAGAGAGCGCGUAGCUUGCAAAGGUGAGCAGGUUCCGAUCACGUCCUAAACGAUUGUUCCUGAGAGUUGCCCAGGUGCACACAGUGUGCACACGUCGCCUGUAAGAUCAGGACUCAAGAAGGAUAAUCUAGGAUGGUGCAGCUUAGUCGGAUAAUCAUACCCGAAGCAUUCGUCGAAGAUGUGAGCUCGCGUAGCAAGUUGUGAGACAGCGAUGUGAAGACGCCCACGGAAGGAAGUGUCAGUGUCUGGG